UUGGAGAGGAGUGAGCCGCUGCCUGAGAGAAGAAGAAAAGAGGCAAUUCCGUGACCACAAAGGGACCCAUGAUACGCGGACAGAUAUGGACGUGAACGCACAACACGGACGCUGUUGUCCUUUGUGAAGAGGACCGCCUCGUCCAGUCGGAAAGAUCCGGUAUAUGAAGAGUUAAGACUCUACAUCCCAACUGUUUAUUUCAGCAGCUAGCAGGCUAGCUGGCUAGAUACCUAGGAGCUAGACAUGGGGAGACCGUGUGAGUUUGCUUGAUAGAGAUCUUCGUCGAGCUUUGAAGAAGCUGUUUUCGGGUUAGAUACUGUCGGAAAUGAUUUAAAGUAUCCGUCGCCCGCCGUGUGAGUAGCCGCAACUUUAAAGAAUGAUAUCAACUGAGCGCUAAGCAUUACACUACUACAGAUCUGGGGAGGAAAAAGUCAUACAGGCCUGCUGGCUCGAGGUUGCACACAAACACCAAGAAGGGAGAACAUGACUCACUGGCCUCUGCCAGAGCCUGGCACGGGGCAGCUGUGCCAACCUCGCCCCUGCCUGCCGCUUUAGAAGCUACCCCUGUACAUCAUGACGGAGAGGCUUUGAGGUUCGCUCCCUGACGAUCGUCUCAAUACCUCUCCUUCUCCCUAUCCCUCAAGAACCCCCGUCCCCACCAUGCUGCGCUUCCUGCCUCUCAAACUUGGCCGCCUGUACCGCUGUCUGAAGCUCUUAUUGGUUGUAGGGUUGUUUGUCAUCUUGUUGAUGAACACCCACAACCUGUUCGCCUCCUUCCAGAAGAAUGAGCUCACUGACAGACGCUUCAUCAACCUCAACAAGUGUCCCGCCUGCUUUGGCACCAGCUGGUGCCGCAAGUUCAUGAACGGCCAGGUUUCCUUUGAAACCUGGGGUCGCCUACGAUUCCUAGACGUUUUCAAUGUCAAGAAUGUUUACUUUGCCCAGUAUGGUGAGCCCAGGGAGGGCACCCGUCGUGUGGUGCUGAAACGACUCGGCUCCAACCAGGAGCUGGCUGAGAUCGAUCAGAAAAUCUGCAAGAGGGCCACAGGCAGGCCGCGCUGCGACCUCAUCCAGGCAAUGUACAAGACUGAAUUUGCCCGGAUCAACGGCGACGUUCGUCUGCUCACUCCAGAGGUGGUGGAGGGCUGGUCAGACCUGGUGCACUGCCCCUCUCAGAGGCUGCUGGACCGCGUGGUCCGCAGGUAUGCUGAGACCAAAGACUCAGGCAGCUUCCUGCUAAAGAACCUCAAAGACACGGAGAGAAUGCAGCUGCUCAUGACCUUGGCAUUCAACCCGGAACCGCUCGUACUACAGAGCUUUCCGUCAGAUGAGGGGUGGCCCUUCGCCAAGUACCUGGGAGCGUGUGGGCGCAUGGUAGCUGUCAACUACGUGGGCGAAGAGCUGUGGAGCUUCUACAACGCACCCUGGGAGAAGAGGGUAGACUUGGCGCGCCAGCUCAUGGACAUUGCCGAGCAGCUCACCAACAAUGACUUUGAGUUUGCCCUCUACCUGCUCGAUGUCAGCUUCGAUAACUUUGCAGUCGGCCCACGUGACGGAAAGGUCAUCGUCGUUGAUGCCGAGAAUGUUCUCGUGGCAGACAAAAGGCUGAUCAAGCAGAACAAGCCAGAGAGCUAUGACGUGUGGUACGAGAGCCGCUUCGAGGAGUGCGACAGAGAGGCCUGCCUUUCUUUCUCCAAGGACUCCCUUUGUUCCAGGGUCACAGUGGACCACAACUACUAUGCCGUGUGCCAGAACCUGCUGUCGCGGUAAGCUACGUGGCGGGGCACCACCGGAGGCCUCCUCCAUGACCCCCCUGCCCACAUAGCCAAAGAUGGACAACUCGAGGCACUGUUGGACGAGUGCACCAAACCCAAAAAGCGCUACGGCCGCUUUCAGGCGGCCAAGGAACUGCGUGAAUACCUCACACAGCUAGCUGCCGCUUCCUCCUCCGCUACGGCAAGGUAAUGAAUGGAGUCGGCGUUAGCCUGACGCACUGACAGACUGGAUCCUGUACUCUUUAUCUCCGAACUCUUCGAGAUCCUGGUUCUUGUACAUGAUGUCAUUCGCUUCUUCUUUGUGCACUGGAGCAGGAAGGUGUUAGAGGUCUUGCAUCAGGAAGUGUAACAAUCAAAACUUCAAAGCAGAUUUGUUUAAGCUCUAGCUUUUACCUGACUUUGCUCCUGUGUGAAAGAGGAGUGUGGCGCUAAGAGAUUCUGGUUAGAACCAGGAUAGAGAGGGGAUAGAGGUAGCCUCUCCUCACCCGGGGUGGGCUGCCAUCGUUGGGGAGGGAGGUGAGAAAAGGGCUCUGGUAAACGCAUCCUUCGCUGGACCCAACCGCAAACCAGAGCAUCUAAGCAUCUAGCGCGGCAACAUCGACCACAUCCAUCCUCCUGUUCACUCCUCAGUCCAUCAGAACUGUUGUGUUUUAUAACAUCAAAUCUUAACACCCUGUUUCAUUUUGCCCUAGGAUCUCUGUUUUUUUUUUUUUUAAAUUUAGGGCUGAAUUUAAGUACAUUGGUGCGUUUACAUUUUUGCUGUGCCAUUGCUUUUUUCUCUGUAGCAUGGCUGCAGGGAAGGCGGAGGUAGCAUGAAUCUCCUGCUGUCAGGCAGCAGCGAAGGCCAGGCUACAGCAGGUAGAGAGGAGAGGCAGGGGGUUGGGGGUUUGGUCUUCAUGCAGGAGAAAAAGAAAACCCUUGACGACUAUAUAAGUCUAAUUUCUUGCUCCUCCAAUCAAUCACUUGAUUUCCAGGUUCCAGGAUUGUGGCAAUCAUCUGUUGUUGUUUUUUUCUAAGUGUGUUUUUUUUCCCCAUUUUCAAUAGGAAACAGAGAGAGUGAGACAGCUGCACAUAGGAAAAGGAAUGGGAGUAAUUGGACAGUGGUGGUCCCUUGAUGCAGAUGUGCCUAUACCAAAGAGGCUAUAUGUAAUAAUAAGAACCCUGAGCAGUACAGAGUGACGGCACCUUUCCCUCCAGUUGUUCCCCAGUAGAGCUGUCCAAAACAAUGUGUACACAAGCCUAUAUGAGCGCACAGGCCUGCAUACUGAUUUAUUUUUUUCCAUAAGAACCUAAACCAGAGGUGUGCGAGCCAAAGAUUGGGCAUACUUAAUAUCACAGAACCCCCUCUGUAUUGUUCACCUCCCAUACCAUUGAUGAAUGAUGGUCAGAUGGGCCUGGGCAUGCUUUUCUUCAACAACGUGGAAAAAAACCCACUAAACUAAAUGAAAGAGGGAAAUUAUGUGAUCCUUAAGAGGACUCGAAAACACAAUAAAACAGUGUAGCAGUGGCCUCCAGUGCCAAAUUCUCUUUAAAUGUCUGUAAUUGAUAAAUGAAUCCUAUUGUCAAACUUCUCCCACUAGUGUUGAGCGCAGUAAAGCUCUAUCAAGUAAAUGUUAAAAAGGGGAAAUGAAGAUAUCCCUAAAUUACCAUCUUGCUCCAGAAGCAGGCUUCUGACCUGCACUUUUAAAUUUUGCAGCCCAGAAAUUUCUGUUGAAUAUUUAAACACCCGGCACCACUUAGAGGUUGGGUUGAUUUUACACUCAGCUGACCAACGACUUAAAGCGUAAUUACAAAUACAGGCUCAUUCGGUAAUGGAUUAUGAGAGAUCUUACCUCUUUAAAAAAAAAAAAAAAAAAAAAA